CACAAAAGAUUUGUUCUGAUUACUUUAUUUAUUUCCUGACAUUUUGUGUUCCUUCUCGUUCUGCGUUGUCUUCUUAAAAAAAACAAAACAUUUUUCUAACAGAACUUGCUUUCUCCACAAUUCAAAGCUACUCCUUAACUUUUAUUUUAUUCUUCUUUCCCUCUCUACAAAAACAUUAUAAUCAGAUCUUGUUUCUAGCACAGACCCUUUUUUAUUUCUCUUCCUCCCAUCCUGAAUAAACCUUAAAAUAGCAACAAUCCCAUCAAAUAAAAAUUGAGUCUUUCUAGUGAAGAAAAAUAAAAAAGUCAAAGACUUUACAUCUGGGUUUGUUGAUUUAAGAUUAGAUUCAGUAUGGGUAUGGCAGCAGCGGAAUGGCAGUUUCAUGUUUUAGCUGUUGAUGAUAGUUUAUUUGAUCGGAAACUCAUAGAGAGAUUGCUUCAAAAGUCUUCUUGUCAAGUAACAACUGUUGAUUCAGGAUAUAAGGCUUUAGAGUUUCUGAGUUUAAGACAAGGUGUUGAGAGUAACAACGACACAACAGUGCUUUCUACAUCUCCUCAGGAAGUGGAUCUUAUCAUUACAGAUUAUUGUAUGCCAGGCAUGACUGGUUAUGAUUUGCUCAAGAAACUCAAGGAAUCAUCAGCUUUUAAGCACAUACCAGUAGUAAUCAUGUCCUCUGAGAACGUUCCUGCAAGGAUCAGCAGAUGUUUGGAAGAAGGAGCUGAAGAGUUUUUCUUGAAACCAGUAAGAUUGGCUAAUCUCAACAAGUUGAAACCUCUUAUGAUGAAGACAAAGUUAAAGAAUCAGAAGCUGGAAGAGAUUGAAAAGCUUUCAAAAGACGCAAAUGGAACAAUAGAAGUAGAGCCAGAGAUUAAAGAUUCAGCAGAGAUGGGAAUCAAAAUCUUGCCUCUACAAUCAGAAGCAGAACCAAAACAAGUGCAUCUGCAAGUAGUACAACAAGAGGAGCAAACAUUGAGUAACAAUAAGAGGAAGUCAAUGGAAGAAGGGCUCUCAGCAGAUAGACCACGUCCUAGGUUAGAGGGCAUUGCAACCGCUGUCUGAUUUUAUCCCCUCAUGAUGCUUCUGAUUUGUUAUAGGAAUGCUUCUGCUAAUGGUACAAUACAUGGUUUCACUAGGGAAUGCAGAGAGGGAAUAUAGAUGGAUGAUGAUAAUGAUGUAUGGGAUAAUGUUUAUAAAUACAUCAGUAAAUCAUACAUGGUGAAUAACCCAUUUCCCAAUUUUGUUUCACUCUUUUUCUUAAAAGUUUUUCUUCAAAGAAACUCAACUAUCUGAAAAUGUUAUAUACUUUAUCUGCUAACUUGUUCUAGUGAACAAAAAAGGUACAAAUCUGG